UGGAGACCGAUUGGUUUGACCUAUAAUAAAGACGAAAUUUAUUUAGAUUUGAUUGAAACUUUAUUUAUUACUGUGGAUGAUGAUUCUAAAAUUCUAAAAUCAAAUCUCGUGGGUAAAAUUAAUGUAGAUUCAAAAUUAUCGGGCAUGCCAGAAGUUUUGUUAAGUUUUAAAGAUUUCAAUUGUAGACAAAUCGGAUUUCAUCCAUCUAUCAAAUAUGGUAAAUGGAAAAAAGAUUCAAUAAUUUCAUUUAUUCCACCAAACCAAUCCUUUACUUUAUUAAAUUAU